AAAUCUUUAUUCACAAUCGCCCAUUGCUGGAGUCACAAGAAAUGUAUAGACAUAGAGAAAAAUAAAAUAUAAUGCAUCAAACUGCUUAAAAAUAAUAAAAGUAACUUACAUAUUUACUUUUAUCCAAAGUAGGUCUGUAAGUUAUGUUUCUAACAAAUUUAUAUUUCUAUCACAGUACAUUGCCGUAUCAAAUUGUUGGUCGUGCCUUUAAUUUGAAGGUUGAGUCAUCCUGUUUCACAAUAAAGCCUGACGCCAACGUGGGUCUCCCGGACUUUGACACUCCACCACUGAUAACUUAACUUAAUAUUCAAAAUGUAAAUGUAGUUUAAUUGGAUUUAAGAGCUAGUCUAAAAAGUUGCGCUCUGUCCAGCCAGCGGCUCGAACCUCGGGAUAAACCCGCCUGUAAGGCUCCGGACCGCGGACAUGGCUGACCUGUGGGUCUCGCUGGGUGUCCUGGCCGCCGCGGUGCUGCUCUGCGAGGCGACCCGCCGAGCUGCGGCGCGUUUUCUCCCCGGUGUUUGUUGGAUUUACCUGCUGGAAGCGGCGUCCACCUUCCAGCUCUGCUGCUGCACCCAGGAACUCAAACUGCUCGCGGAAUCCGUCCGCUUGGACCUGUCGAUCAGCUUGACUCUCACUUACGUCGUCACCGUUGUUCAUUUAUCAACUUUCAGGGAAGCGACGUGUAAUCCCGCUGCGGCUCUGGAGAGAGUCUGCCGCGGAACGGCGAGCGGCAGAGCGGCGGCGCUCCUCAUCGCCGUCCAGCUGGGAGCCGCGGUCGCCGCACGGUCCUUUGCAGCUUCCGUUUGGUCGCUGGGGCUGUCGGAUAUGCACCGCCAGCACCAAAAGUUCGGGUUCCGGUGCUUCGACCCGCUCGGUGGGACUGUGCUGGAGGCUGCUGCCGUGGAGCUGGCGUGCGCUUUCGCGGUGCAGGCCACCGCCAUGCACAUCCACAAGCUGGAGGAGAAACUCCGAGUUCACUUCUUCGCUGCGGUCAUCACCGCUUUGGUUUACACAGGUGGGAGUAUUUCUGGAGCCGUUUUUAAUCCGGCCCUGGCUUUCUCUGUCCAGUUCCCCUGCAGUGGCCACACAUUCCUUGAGUACUGCUUCAUCUACUGGCUGGGUCCAACGUUGGGCAUGGCGAGCUGCAUCCUCCUGUUCGAGAAAAUCGUCCCUUUUCUUUCUGGACAGAGCACCGCUGAGAUGGACAGCUCCGUUACGCAGAAAGAGAAGACGCUGUAGAUCUUUGUUUUAUUUAAGUGAGAGAACAAUUCUGAAUAAUUAAGACGUUUGCUUUCACCACUUUGUUUAGGUCAUUUAUGAGAAGCAAAAAUGACCCAACAGAUGAAGAGUUAGACUUAAAACUUUGUUUUAGUGAUAACCAAAAACUCAAUGGUGACCAAAAAUACCAUAACUGUUCAACAUAGACCAAUAUGGCUGAUGCAUUAAAGUUAAUAUUAUGCCUCUCAUUAAAAAUCCCAAAGAAAAAACUGUAUUUCAUAUAAAAUGAAAAAAACAAAAAAAGCAGUUACACAAAGUUUUUCACUGUAAAGAUGGUUCACAGUUUGUUUGGCUGCAACCUGAAGUGUGAAAUAAACUUCAGUGGAGUUUGAAAACAAAAUAUGUGUUUAGGUUCAACAGUGUGUGCCCAGUUCAUUUUUAUUUAAAUUUUUUUUGGUGGAGGGGCAGAAAAUCUUUGGGAACCACUGCCUUAGAGAAAAAUGUUUAUUGUGUUAUAUAAUUAUAUGAGUGAACCUCUUAUCAUAUGAUUUUUAAUUAAAUUUUUUUUGGAAUAUUGUUUAGCUAUUUUGCUUAUUUUAAUUAAAUAAUUAUAUAUUUCCUAAAACCAGCAAUCCAAAUGUAUGGAGGUUUUGAAAAUGCACUGCAAAAUGUUAACGGCUCACUCUAGCAGACGACAGUAACGUGUAAUCACCUGUUUUAUAUGUGUCAAAUGGCUCCAUAAGUAUUCUAUUAAUAGUCUUUAUGCUUUCUAUGCAGUACAGUGAACUGGUAUUCCUGCACCAAGUGCUGAUGAACAUUUCUAAGAAUGCAUGAACACUCCAGCUAAAUGCAGCCAGAUCAAUAUUUGGUGACAGUUUCUCUUGAUAACUGUAAAACGAUAGCACGCCCUGUGAUGACGAGUUUUCUGUUUAUUCCAACCACAGUGUGCAAAUAUUUACUAAAGAGAAUAAAAGCCACAGAAACGGAUGGCUGCACUCUGCCUACCCACCUGCCUUUCUUUCUAAAAAUAGCUGAUACUAUGAAAUAUUUUCAUAUAUCUGACAGCACUUUAAUGUUUGUAAUCAUCUUUGUUUGAAAUGAAUUAAGCACAAAAGUUUUAUUUUUCUUUUCUUUUGUAGAUUAAUAAAUAAGGUAAAUAGCAUUUUAUGACAGAUUUGCUUCCACCAAAGUGUUUCUAUUAUUUUAAAAACUUUUUGUUGAGAUUUCAGAGAGACAGUUAAUUUAUUUUAGAUGAAAAUAAUGCUUUGGUCUUUAGGUCUUUUUAGCCAAGUAUUGCUGCAUACAUCACUCUGAGUAAUGAUAUGAUGUGCUGCUACAAGUGAAUGAAGUAUUGACACACAGUGAUGAGGAUUGUAGUAAUCUUACUUGUGUUCAUCUUUUUCAAAUUGAAGCUAUUGCUAGUAGCUCAUGUUGCUAUGAAAUAAUGUAUUUUUCUGAUUUGCUGUUUGUCAGGAAGCUAUACAGUAUGUUAUGUUUCUAGGAAACAUGGCUUUGUCUGUGUGUAAUAAAAGGCAUUUAUUUUUAAUGAUAUGUGAAGUAUUUUGAUUGGAAUAAAAAGUAAACAAAUAGUUAUUUUAUCA